AUGUUCGGUCGUUUAUCACUUGCGUUCAUUGUCGUGUCCUUUGCCGGGUUCUUCUGCGCUCAGUCUGUGGAAGCCGCUAAGGGCCCAAAAAUCACGCACAAGGUCUACUUUGACAUCAAGCAUGGCGACGAGAACCUUGGACGCAUUGUAAUGGGUCUCUUUGGUGGAACCGUCCCGAAGACCGUUGAGAACUUCCGUGCUCUGGCGACUGGCAAGGACAAGGAUGGCAAUGAGCUCGGCUUCGGAUACAAAGGCUCUAAGUUCCACCGUAUUAUCAAGGAUUUCAUGAUUCAGGGUGGUGACUUCACCCGUGGUGAUGGCACUGGCGGAAAAUCCAUCUACGGCGACAGGUUUGCCGAUGAGAAUUUCAAGCUCCGCCACACUGGCCCUGGCAUUCUCUCCAUGGCCAACGCGGGCAAGGACACCAACGGCUCUCAAUUCUUCAUUUGCACUGUCGUCACCAGCUGGCUCGAUGGCCGUCACGUUGUCUUUGGAAAGGUCAUCGAGGGUCUGGACAUUGUGCGCGCCAUCGAAAACGUUCCCAAAGGUUCAGGAGAUCGCCCCAAGCUUGAUGUCAUCAUUGCUGACUCUGGAGAGUUACCUGUGGAGACUGCCCAGGAUGAGGAUGGAAAAGAGGAUACUCCUACUCGUGUGGAAGCACCCGCGAAGCCUGUUCACACGCCUGGACAACCUGGACCCAAAAAGAUUGAAGAGCACAUCACAGGGACACCAACAACUACAUCCCCGAAAGUCACUGCCAAGCCAUCGAACAGUACCUCAGAGAUCGAUGCUAUCCCCCCUUCGCCGUCCUCUUUUGCUAACAUCUUCUUCGUCCUCAUUAUUUUCGGGGUGUUUGCUAGCGCCUUCGUCUGGGUCGGUGGCGCGCGAUACAUUGCCCGGUUCCUGCCUGGCGGCAGUGCCCGGUAUAGCCAACUUUCGAAUGAGGAUCCUCUGAAGUAA